AUGAGCACAAACAGCCAGGGGAGACAGAUGUUGGAGGAUCAUUGGGAGUUUGAGGCCAGUCUGAUACUACGUUGUGAAUAUCAGAUCAGCCCCCCAGGGCUGACACAAGCUUCUCUGCAGGGAGACCGCGGGGCUGGUCUCCCACUGGCAGGAUCGCAUUACAGGGGAAUUUCAAAUCCUGUAACAACAUCCAAGAUCACAUACUUUAAGAAGAAGUAUGUGGAAGAAGAGGAUUUUCACCCACCACUCAGCAGCUGUAGCCAUAAAACCAUCUUGAUUUUUGAGGAGCGAGCCCACAUCCUUUACAUGUCCUUGGAGAAGCUGAAGUUCAUCGAUGACCCCGAGGUAAACCUGCAGAGGUCUGUUCCCAUCAACAACCUCAAGAAGAGGGUCUACGGGGAGAUCCUCACGCAGAACAGCUGGUGCUUGCCGGCCUGCUCCUUCUCUGGCACCUCGGCCCAGGAGUGGUUUAUGGCUCAGGACUGCCCUUACCGGAAACGACCUCGGGUGGCCAGACAGGAAUAUGAGAAGUUUCACGCCUGCUGCCUUUACCAAGAGUGUGGUGGCCACCACCUGAAUUUUCCCCUUUCUGUCAGCACCAGUGUUGGAAGUGCCUCCGCCACCUCCACCUCCUCCUCUUCCCCUCUGCCAUUGCCCGGUUGUUCCCACCAGGUGGGUUUCCCUGAAGGCAGCACACCUCUUUACAAGAGUGAUGGCCAAAUGCCUGCCAAUGAAAUCUUUGUCACUAGUGUCCGGUCCCUUGAUGUCCCCGAAAAGACCAAAUUCAGUGAUGAGAAAUCCAGUAAUGAGACCAGCAGGGAGGGUGGCCCCCUCAGCCAUAAACCUGUGGGAAAUGACCUGGAUUUUGAAUGCAAAGGCCAAUUUUACGAUUAUUUUGAGACUGGAUACAAUGAAAAAAACAUGAAUGAGUCCUGGAAAAGGUCUCUGAGGAGAAAGGAGCCUUCACUGAGUGCCAGACUGUGCUGCGCCAAAGGGAACAAGAUGUGA